GUACGUUUACAAACUGUCAUCUCUAAAUCGUAACUAAAUUUCAGUAACAAAUUUGGAGAGGUUUUAAACAACCCAAAAAAAAAAAUGGCCUGCAAACAGUUGAUGAAUCGUGCUAGCUCCCUAGGACGCUGCAACCAGAACAAGCUGAUGCCGCUGGCCAGCAUGCGCUGGUCCAGCACACGCAGCGACAUCGAGAAAGUCACACACACGGGCCAGGUAUUCGAUAAGGACGACUAUCGCAAUGUGCGCUUCACAAAUGCCAAGCGCUAUGUGAAUGAGAACUGGGGCAUCAAGCUAAUCGACGAGAUUCCACCCAAAGAGUGCGAAGAGCGCGUUGUUUACUGCGACGGAGGCAACGGUCCGCUUGGCCAUCCAAAAGUCUACAUUAAUCUGGAUAAACCCGGCAAUCACAGCUGCGGCUAUUGCGGCCUGCGUUUCGUGAAGAAGGAGCAUCAUUAAAAUCAUUCUUUGGUUCUUAAAGAAAGCUCUUGUUACUAGUUGAAUAUAUAUAAAUAUACAAAAAACGAAACAACUUAUAAAUACCAA